AUGUUUUCAAUUGGAGGUGUGUCGACGCGCAUCUACAAGGAGCGCCUGCAGGCAGAAGGGAUGGGAGCGAAUGACUUGGCCAUCAAGUUCCUGAACCAGGACUAUGAGGAGCUGAGAAGGGAGUGUGUGGAGAGUGGCAGGCUGUUUGAGGACCCUUGCUUUCCUGCAGUGCCCCAAUCACUGGGCUUCAAGGAGCUCGCGCCAAACUCCUCCAAAACACGUGGUGUGAAGUGGAUAAGACCCACUGAGCUGUCAGAGAAUCCUCAGUUUAUAGUGGGCGGAGCCACGCGUACAGAUAUUUGCCAGGGGGCCCUAGGUGACUGUUGGCUUUUGGCUGCCAUAGCGUCGUUGACAUUAAACGACAAGCUGCUUCACAGAGUUGUACCACAUGGGCAAAGCUUUACAAAUGAGUAUGCUGGAAUCUUCCACUUCCAGUUCUGGCAGUUUGGCGAGUGGGUAGACAUUGUAAUCGAUGACCGCUUGCCUGUGAAGGAUAAAGAGCUGAUGUUUGUUCACUCAGCAGAGGGAAAUGAGUUCUGGAGCGCCCUGCUGGAGAAGGCAUAUGCUAAGCUAAAUGGCUCAUAUGAAGCUCUGUCCGGAGGUUCCACCACCGAAGGCUUUGAGGACUUUACUGGCGGAGUUGCCGAAAUGUAUGAACUGCGCAGCGCUCCCAAAGACCUGCACCGCAUCAUUGCCAAAGCCCUGGAGAGAGGCUCACUGCUGGGCUGCUCCAUUGAUAUCACCAGUGCCUUUGACAUGGAGGCUGUGACCUUUAAGAAGCUAGUGAAGGGCCAUGCUUACUCCGUCACAGCUCUCAGAGAGGUGAAUUUCCGUGGCAACAGAGAGAGAUUGAUCCGUAUCCGAAACCCUUGGGGACAAGUUGAAUGGACUGGGGCUUGGAGCGACAAUUCGUCCGAGUGGAAUGGGAUUGAUCCAUCGGAAAGAGAGGAACUGAACAACCACAUGGAGGAUGGCGAGUUUUGGAUGUCAUUUCAGGAGUUCAAACGUCAGUUUUCUCGUCUGGAGAUCUGCAACCUCACUCCUGAUGCUCUGAGUGAUGAUUCCCAACAUUUCUGGAACACAAUUCAGUUUAACGGCACUUGGAGGAAAGGAAGUACAGCAGGAGGCUGCAGGAACAAUCCCAACACAUUCUGGAUAAACCCUCAAUAUAAGAUCACACUACUGGAGGAAGAUGAUGAUCCUGAGGACAAUGAGGUGGCCUGCACCUUCAUGGUGGCUUUGAUGCAGAAGGACAGACGGCGUUUCCGCAAGCAGGGACAGGACAUGCACACCAUCGGCUUCGCCUUAUAUGAGUUUCUUGGCUCCCAGAAUGUUCACCUGAAGAAGGAUUUUUUCUUGCGUCACUCGUCCUGUGCACGCUCCGAGACCUUUAUUAAUCUGCGAGAGGUGAGCACGCGACUGAGGCUGCCACCGGGCGAGUAUCUCAUUGUCCCUUCCACUUUUGAGCCUGGAAAAGAGGCUGACUUCGUCCUGCGAGUAUUCACUGAGAAACAGUCAGAAACUCAAGAAAUGGAUGAUGAAAUUUCAUUUAACCUGGAAGAUGAAGAGGCAGUCUCAGAGGAGAACAUUGAUGCCUCGUUUAAAAAGAUGUUUGCUCAGCUGUCUGGAGAGGACAUGGAGAUUUCAGUUCACGAGCUCCGGACCAUUCUGAACCGAGUGAUGACAAAACACCGAGACUUAAAGACAGAUGGGUUCAGUUUGGAGUCUUGUAGGUGCAUGAUCAACCUGAUGGACAAAGACGGCAGUGCACGACUGGGAAUUGUGGAGUUCCAGAUUCUGUGGAAUAAAAUCAGGAAGUGGCUGGGUGUCUUCAGACAGUUCGAUCUGGAUAAAUCUGGAACUAUGAGCUCCUACGAAAUGCGCCUGGCUGUGGAGUCUGCAGGUUUUAAACUCAAUAACAAGCUACAUCAGAUCCUGGUGGCCCGAUAUUCAGACGGAGAUGUGAUUGACUUCGACAACUUUGUCUGCUGCCUGGUUAAACUGGAGGCCAUGUUCAAGUCUUUCAAAGAGCUGGAGAAAGAGGGCUCAGGUGUCGCAGAGCUCAAUAUUAGCGAGGUCAGUCAUUUCUUACUUUCUAAGUAA